GUUGGCAAUUCUUCUAAUGAGUGUUCCUUUAUCAACAAAAAAAAAAUCACACUACCUAACUUCCUUGUGUAUGCAGACACUCCAGAUUAAUUAUGUCCAACAACGUGAAUAUAUGCGAAAUUAGCGAAGAUGCUAAAUCAACUUUAAAAAAAUUUAGAUUUAGUAAAAUUCAAGAUACUUGCGCUUUAAUUCUUAAAGUUGACAGAGAAAAGCAUGAAGUAAUCGUUGAUGAAAAACUUGAAAAUACCACAAUAGAUGAGGUAAAAGAGAGUUUACCAGAUCACCAGCCAAGAUAUGUUAUUUUAUCCUAUAAAAGAGAACAUAAAGAUGGUAGAAUUUCUUAUCCGUUGUGUUUCGUGUUUUAUACCCCUCGAGAUAGUCAUGCUGAACUACAAAUGAUGUACGCUGGUUCUAAAAUGGGAUUGCAAAGAUGUGCUGAAAUGAGUAGAACUUAUGAGAUACGUGAAUUGGAAGAUUUUACUGAAGAAUGGCUACUUGAAAAACUAGGAAGUUAAUUUUUUUUUUGGAUUGGUUGAUGAAAACGUUUAUACAAAAUAACUUGCCAUUACAUUUUUAUAAUUAUUAUUGAC